GGCGGGUAGUAUCAAGCUCAGGGGUCCCUACUGACUUUUUUCCGCGUCGAUAUACGGUAUCUGGAAGGGUGCUACCGGGAGUUUCGAAAUUUCGGUGGGAUUUUCGAAAGACCCGAUAAGGAACUUCAUCCCCCUUCCCCGGUGCAUUCCAUCCUCCUUUAGCCAUGCCUCUACCCCUCGGUAUCAUGGAACUCAUACGGUGUCGGGCAAGUGUUAUGACUGCAGGCCAUUGCAGCCACACCCCCCAUCUCGAGACUGAUCGAAAGCCAUAGUAUUUCCGGGACGAUGGUCAAUUGCUACGAUCUCGCGAGGGCAGACGGUGUUUGGGGGAAUGGAGAAGGAACAACCCCUGCGCCUGGGUACACCCUGACGACCCGGAGUGGGAUAGGGCCCGGCCAGCAAGGAUACCUCGCGACUGGCUGGAAGAGGACCGAGAGUUGUGGCAGCAAGAGGAGAGUCGUGAGAGGCGGGACAUAAACCUGCAAACACCCAGGGACGCUGAGGGACGAGAUGAAAGGACCAUCAACACCUCGAGGUUGCCAGAUCGAGAUGAUCCCCGCCCUUCACAUACGCAGCCACCACCACCACGGUGGCGCACCCUUUCCGACGACCAUUCCCACUCUGCUUCCCCCCACCCCUCUCACGACCGU